AUGGCUGUCACCACGAGUACUCAUCUUCACCGACAUUACGGGUACCUGAAGAGCUUAUCUAUCGAUAACAUGGCGACUCAGGAGGCGGUAUUUAUCGGCGCAAAUAGGCAGACGAAGGUUGCGGACUUCUAUUUGCCGACCAAGACUGUCGCAUUCGGAGCUGGAAAGUGCAUCGCUCUAUGGAAUCCGUUGGACGAACACAAUGCUGGCGUAUACUGCACAUUGAAGGCACACAACGCUGAGGUUACGUCGGUGAAGUUUAUUGGGGCCGAGAAACUUUUGGUCAGCGCCUCAGCGGACGCAACGAUCAACGUCUGGCGAGGAGAUGAGAGAUGGGAGUUGGCGCAGACGUUGGAGGGCCCAAAGAGCUCUGUGACCAGUCUGGCAGUGGCUGCAGGGUUAAUCGUAGCCGGGUUUGCAGAUGGUACGCUAUCAGUAUGGUCUGAGCAUGACGACGCAUUUGUGUUGUCCAGCCAGUUUCUGAUACGGAAGGGUUUUCUACCACUGGCGCUAGCGCUGCAGAAGCUCUCUGACGGUUGCUACAUGCUGGCGGUUAGUGGUACAUCCACGGACUUGAUGGUGUAUUCUGUUUGUGUAGCUGCGACCGUGGAUGUAGAGCUCUCAGCAACAGUGGAGGGCCAUGAGGAUUGGAUAAAGGACCUCGCUUUCCGGAGCAAUGGACCAGGCGACUGGAUGCUAGCCUCCGGAGCACAAGACCGGUAUAUCAGACUGUGGCGCAUAAAGGCGAAUAACAAUAUAGAGGAGGAGGAUCCCACGAAGCUUAAGCUACUAAGCAACAAAAUCUACAAAUUCCAAGUAACAGCUGAUUUGCACCUGUCGAUAAAUUUUGAGGCGCUUAUCAUGGGCCAUGAUGACUGGAUAUCCUCGCUUCAGUGGCACGAAUCGAAAUGCCAGCUGCUCGCUGCCACCGCGGAUACGUCUGUUAUGCUAUGGGAGCCGGACGAGAUUUCUGGUAUCUGGGUGUGUGCUUCCCGAUUGGGGGAAUUCAGCUCUAAAGGUGCUUCAACCGCUACAGGCUCUGCAGGUGGGUUCUGGUCAUGCUUGUGGUUUGCGACUGGUGAUGCGGAAUAUAUCUUGGCGAACGGCAAGACUGGCUCAUGGAGGAUGUGGGAAAAUAGAGGGGAUGGCGGUUCUUGGGAGCAACUACCGGCAAUUACAGGGCCCACCAGAUCUGUGACAGAUGUGGCCUGGUCUCCAAGUGGCUCUUAUCUCUUGGCAUCUUCUUUGGACCAAACUACGCGACUAUAUACGCGUUGGAUGUACGAGGGAGAUGGUAGCCGGAGGAAACAUACAUGGCACGAAUUUGCAAGACCUCAGAUCCAUGGCUACGAUAUGAUCUGCCUGGAACCAAUUUCCGACACACAGUUCAUUUCUGCAGGCGAUGAGAAGGUGCUGCGUUCUUUUAACGAACCCCGUGCCAUUGCCAAGCUACUGGAAAGGUUAUCUGGAAUUUCUGCUGAUACUUCGUCCACUGUCGCAGAUGCGGCUGCGCUUCCGGCUUUGGGACUGUCAAACAAGGCGUCAGUUCCGGAAGGUAACGGUGGGACCGUCGAGGAUAACGACGCCCGAGAGACGAACGAAACCACAAACAUAACCGCGGCAAUGCUUUCGCAGCUCCAAACGCCGCCGCUGGAGGAUCAUCUGCAGCGACACACUCUGUGGCCUGAGAUUGAGAAACUCUAUGGGCAUGGAUAUGAGAUUUCGUGCGUAGACGUGUCUCCAGAUGGCAAGCUUCUUGCUAGUGCAUGCAAGUCCAAUAACACUUCACAUGCAGUUGUGAGAAUAUUUAGUACACACACGUGGCUGCAGCUGCCCCCCUGCCCCGAGUUCCACAACCUGACUAUUACCAGGUUGCGCUUCUCCAAGGACAACCGGCACCUACUAAGUGUGAGCAGAGACAGAAUGUGGGCAGUGUGGUACAGGAAUGACGACGAUACUUUCACCCUGAAAUACUCUGACCAGAAGCCGCACAGCCGUAUCAUUUGGGAUGGCGAUUGGCUACCUGCAUCUUGUGGAACUGCUUUCGUCACCGCAUCCAGAGACAAGACAGUGAAGAUAUGGCGCCUCGAUGGACAAGAAGGCCGUUUUGAGGUCGAGAGUAAUCUGAAACUAAAAGAAGCUAUUACCGCCGUUGCAGUCACACCCCGCUUAAUUGAGGGUAGGCUACUUCUCGCCUUCGGUUUAGAAAGUGGAGCAGUACACAUCUACACCUACAGCGAGCGUGCAUUUCUUCAGGUACUCCAACUAGAUAGCGCAAUAGCGCCGGCAGACAGGAUAAACAGGAUUCGCUGGAACCCUGCACAUCACAAAGAGAAUAUUAUGCUUUCUGUAGCGAGUGCCGAUUCGUCAGUUCGCAUUUAUUCGGUUAAGGUUCCGGCUGUACUAGGCAAUUGA